CCCAAUCUUAAAUAAUCUUUUACAAUUUAGUCCAAAUAGAAUAUCAUUUCAAACCUACUUUCUCAUCGUUCUCCCUCUCUCUCUCUCUCUCUCGCUCUCGCUCGCUCGCUCUCUGUUUCUUCGUUUCUCUCGGCAGUCGGCACCACCCAACUCCGGCCUACCUCUCACGAAUCUCCACCAGUAAAAGGAAGUUUCACUUUCAACGAUGAAUAAGGGUAAGAUUUUUAAGCUAGCAAAGGGGUUCCGUGGAAGGGCCAAGAAUUGCAUAAGAAUAGCAAGAGAAAGGGUGGAAAAGGCGUUGCAGUAUUCCUACAGAGAUCGUCGAAACAAGAAGCGAGACAUGCGUUCCCUUUGGAUCCAACGGAUAAACGCUGGCACUCGCCAACAUGGGGUUAAUUAUGGAAACUUCAUGCAUGGUCUUAUGAAAGAAAACAUUCAGCUGAACAGGAAAGUUCUGUCCGAGUUGUCUAUGCACGAACCAUACAGCUUUAAGUCACUGGUCGACAUCUCUCGCACCGCCUUCCCGGGAAACAAGCACAUUGUUUUUCCUCCCAAGAAAGAAGGCAUUUCAAUAAAUGUAUAAUCGACCGAUAGAGCUCUAUUCAUAUGGAAGAAACAGACAAUUACCACAACAAUUCUUCAUGGGCAGAUUGUUUAGAGACAAAUUAGAUAGGAAUGGACAUAUUUUCACAGUUUUUGUGGUGUCCUAAUGAUCUAGUUAGCUGGGAUUUUGAAUGUACUUUUCAACUGUUGCUAUUACUGAGAGUUUCUUCAGAACAUUUGAGUUUAUGAUAAUGCAAAUCCACCUAUUUAUAGUGUGAGAAAUGUUGACCAUUAUUUGUUAUGAUUGAUCAUAUUGGCUUUAAUAA